CAUGUCUCGCCUCUCGCCCAAGAGAGCGCUUCUUCUGCUUGUGCCCCGAAUAGCGCGACUGCUUGUUCUGCCAAGGCAACGGCGGCGCUUGGCUGCUUCUCGUAUACAAGAUGAGCUGGUCUAAGCCGUUUCCCUCCCUUGGGUUUGAUCAGGAUCAGAGACAAGACAGGUGUUAGACGGUCGCCGGCCAUGGCCUGGAUCCAAAAGCCUAGAACUCGGGUCGGGGUCUCCCUCAUGUUUGGCUCAGCUUUUUUUCCCUCCUUCUGCGUCUCCUCUGACGCAUUUUGUCUAGGACUUCGGGGGUUCGUUCAAACCACAUGCUGGGAUUGUGAUAGAUCACAAUAUUUCCCCGCAUUCCUCUGGCGCCAGCCUUCUUGCGGUUCUCGCCUUCGCCGUGAGGAGCAAAGAGUUAUUGGCUGUGCUGCAGCAUCUGGAACCACCCUCCGUCUCUCUCACGGCCUUCUUCACAAUUGUGCACAUCUCCGUGCCUUAGAGGGGUGUGCGUGGCGCUGCUCCUCGUGGGAUGCGGAUUCUGUGAGCAUGUUCUUUUUCGCUAUUCCCAUCUUCCAUCAGCCCCGGCUGGAAGCAAUAGUUCGCUGCGGCUACUGGGAAUGUAAGCAGCAUGUUCUUCUUACUGUGGAUGCCGCUGCUGCACCCCGUAUUCUGCUCACCGGUUUGCUGGAUCAGAGUCCCCAUAAUGCUUUUACCGCUUGGGCAGUUCCCCUUGCGGUGGUUUGGGCAUACUUUUUCUUGCCAGCAGACAGACACAUGGUUAAGACAACAUUGAGACUAGUGGACGCCGAUAGCCCGGGUCAAUGCCCGACCGAACGAAUGGGAACUACAGACAUGAAGGAGAUGCCCUUGGGAUGAAGAGGAAGAGACUUGUCUAGCGUCAUUGACUUGCGCUUCAGCACGUCGAAACGCUUUUGUCAAGGUGUCGGUCGGGCUAGCCACUGCGUCAGAGGCAUCCCUGAUGAAGGACGGGAUGCCCAUUUGGGGAGGACGACGAAGGGGCCGUGAGAAGUCAGUUGUUGCCAGCGCCACAAUUUGCCGUCGCGGCACAGCAGGUUCUUGGACGCGUUUGACCAAGGACUCUACUCUCUUUGCUGCUUUGAAUCAGUACUGUAUGGAGAGGGCAAAAGGUGGACUCAGGGUCUACUGCUAACGGGCUUCGUGCCGUGCCUCCCGCAAUGCCAACCGACCCACCGGAUGAUAAAUCGUCUGGUUCUCACCCUCUGUGUGUAAGUCCAGGUUAGCAGCCAACUCGAUAUGUUGCCGUUAUAUUGAACUCGCAGAA